AUGGAUUUCUUGAAAAACCUCAAGAACCACUUGGAUACUAACGGAACAAGUGACAAGCCUGUCAUCACUUAUAGCACAACUAUAAUUACAAAACGUCUCGAAAAUGGUGUACCUGUUGAAGUAAUAACUAAAACUUACGAAAGCAAUUCACCGAUCGAAGUAAAGCUUCCCGAAGGAAAAAUUGAAGUAGUAAAACCACCCGAUGCCAAUAAAAGACCCGAUGAAGUUGAUCCCGACGAACCCGAAAUGGAUGAUAGCACUGUAGGUCACAAAGAUCAUGAUUUUUCCAAAGUCGAUGCUUAUGCCAGAGAAACUCCGAAAGCUGAAGCCGAGAACGCUGCACGGUUAUCAAAAUACCUUACCAAACCUUGGAAUAAUGAAUUGGAUAAAUUGCGUUGCAUCUUCACAUGGAUCGCCGAUAACGUAAAGUAUGAUACCGACGCGUAUUUUGGUGGCAAUAUCCAACAGUGUGGUCCAGAAGACGUUUUGAAAACACGUAAAGCGGUAUGUGAUGGAUAUGCCGAAUUAUUUGAUAAAUUAGCCAGCAACGCAGGAUUAAAAGUUUGGAAAAUAAGCGGACAAGCUAAGGGUAAAUAUAUAGAUAUAUAUUUUAAAACUGGCGAUUUAUUUUUUGAUAAUAACGUGAGAUUAUUCGAUUAUCUUUUAAAAGGUGCCGGCUAUACACCUGGUUGUGACAUUGAUAGUCGUCAAUUCGCUCAUUCGUGGAACGGUGUACUUUAUAAAGGAGAAUUUCUCUUGGUUGAUAACACGUGGGGAGCCGGUAUUCUUAAUGGAACAGAGUUUGAAAAACAUUUCGAACCGUUUCAUUUCCUUUGUUCUCCAACUCAAUUCAUUUAUAGUCAUUUUCCAGAAAAACCAGAACAACAAUAUGUAGAACCAAAACUUACCAAAGCAGAAUUUCUUGAUUUACCGUACGUUAAGCCAAAAUUCUUUUCGUCCGGUCUAGGGUUCGUUAAACAUCUCGGCAAUGAGAUUAAAGUAUCGGAUGAUAAAGUUACCAUGGAAAUCGAAAGAAUUCAUCCAGACGAGAGUAAACCUUUACAUGCUACUCUUGAAUGGAAGGGUCAAGAAUUGACAGCAUUGAUUCAAAGGCUUGCCACACCCGGACCAAAAGGUGGUAGAAAGUACAAAUUGUCAUGUACUUGUCCAAGUAAAGGCGAAGGAAAGUUUAACAUUUUUGUCAUGUUGAAGGGUAAUGAGGGUCCAUUAGUGUCUUCUUUUAUAGUUAAAAAUUCCGGGUCUGGUAAACAUUUCACACCUUACGUAGAUACUUAUAGUGUACCGUUUAGUUUCACCAUUCAAAAUCCUAUUCAUGCAAAAUUACCUUAUAAUGAACAUGUCAAAUUUGAGAUCACAAUAUUUGAUUUAUCCGAAUCAGAAUUACCUUCUUUUGCAUUAUUUUUACCGGAUAAGACCACAAAAGAUCUUCCAAAAGUUUCAAGUACAAGCGAUAGUUGUACUUUUGCACUUGACACUUGCGUCGAUAAAAAGGGUAAAUGGAAUUUAACCUAUUGUUCGCAACCAAAUACUUUUAAUUUUAUUGCUCAAUAUAAUGCCGAGUAA